CUAUCAACAAUUGCAUACUAAGAAAAUUAGCUGUUUCAGCCCCUAACUGCCAAAGAAAGAAAAAAAGAAUGGGCUCCGAAGCUCUUCUUCCUGUCAUAGUUUUCUCAGAUGAGCUAAAGGCCGGCACUCCUGAGUGGGACUCGGUGAGAGCCCGGGUUCAGCUAGCAUUCCAAGAAUGUGGUGGCUUCGAGGCUUUGUUCAACAAAAUUCCUUCUGAGCUUCGAAAAUCCAUGUUAGGUGAAAUAGAAAAAAUGUUUGAACUUCCUUUGCAAACUAAAUCAAAAAUAGUCUCUGCUAAUGAGCCCUUAGGUACUGUCUAUACCGCACGGUCGACAAAAGCACCCUGGGAGAGCAUGGAUGUCGAAGAUGUACUCAUCCCCGAGAAGCUCAGCAGCUUCAUUAAUCUCUUGUGGCCAGAAGGAAACCCUAGCUUUGGCAAAACGGUACAGUUCUUCUCAGAGAAACUAUCUGAAAUGGAUCAAAUGAUUAGAAGGAUGGUUUUGGAGAGCUUUGGUGUUGAGAAAUACUGUGACGAACACAUUGAUUCGAGCCUACACACAUUUCGAGUAAUGAAGUAUGAAGGUCCCAAAACUAUGGAUAACAAGCUUAUGCUGUUUUCCCACACUGACAAGAACCUUUUGAGCAUAUUGUAUCAGAUUAAUCAGGUUGGUGGGUUAGAGGUGCAAAGCAAAGACGGGAAGUGGGUCAACAUGAAAUCAUCCUCCUCGUCGGUGGACUCUUUCAUCGUCAUGGCCGGAGAUUCUUUCCACGCAUGGACUAAUGGCCGUGUGAAGGCUCUGCCUCAUCGGGUUGUGAUGACUGGAAAUGAAACGAGGUACUCAGUGGGUUUGUUUUCGUCCUCAAAAGAAGGUUACAUUAUAAAAGCCCCAGACGAGCUAGUAGAUGAAGAACACCCAUUACGUUUCAAGCCCUAUGAAUUCUCGGAAUAUCAAAAAUUCUUCAAAACAGAGGAAGGACGGAAAAUUCAUGAAUACGGCGUAAAAGUUUUCUGUGGUGUUUGAAAAAAAGGAAAAACUACUUUUAAUCUUCUUCUUCUUUUUCCUGAUUUAUGCAUAAAUAUGAAUAGUGAACUGGUAUUCUAGACAAGGACAUGGGGCGAAAAAAAGGAGCAGCUACCCCACUCAUAAAAUUAGAAACAUCAAUGCCAUUGAUGACCUUGAAGUGGGACCCACACAUGGUUCUCACUUCGGCCCAUCAAAAGCCAGCUUGGUGCUUUCAUUGAAUGAGUGGGCUUAGACUUCCUAAUAGCACUUUCCAUAGGAAUAAGGUGGUGCAUUUGUUUCUUGUAUGUUGUUUGAUUGGCUAUCAUGGUUUGUCAGGAUCAAGUUUAGCAUAUCUGCGAGAUGUCUGCUUAUUAAAACUCAAGUUUAGCAUAUAUGCUAGCUGUCAGCAUUCGUAUGUAAUUAUAAUUGAUCCAAAACAACAGUAUAUGUUAUGGAUGUUACAAGCCCACUGUCUCACUUCUCUCAUAUUGUCAAUACCCAACAUGAAUAUUUGAGUAUAAAUCCUAUUCAU